AUGGCCACCCCAGAAGGAUUCGUAAAGGUGCAAGAAAAGAUGCAAGCUCUUCAAGAAAAGGUCGAGUCCGGAUUGAGACCAGCCCUGGCCAAGCAGUUCCGCGCGAUGGCCGAUUGCAUGGACCGAGGCGGAUCUACCCAGCAGAUUGAAAGCUGCGUCCAAGGCGCGCAGCAGCAAGUUGUCGGACUCCAGAAGCAAAUGGAUGAAGUCGUUCAGUCUUUUGGAAUGGCUAUCCAAACAGGCAUGCAAAACUGCCAGGCGAAGGCACAGCAAGCAAUGGCUUCCGGAACCGCGGAAUCUGCCGCCCAGGCUGACUACAUGAAAUGCGCCAACGAAGUAGCCCUCUCCCAGCUCUCCACCUUCCCAACUAUCGAGGAGAAAGUCAACUACAUCCUCCGCGGCGUUCCCCAAUAA